AUGUACAUGUAUAAUAACGAUGGAUUAUUAUUGGUGUUCACUGAACAGCCUAAUGUUAAUAUCUCUAUUUUACCAUUGACUAAUCCACCCGCACCAGCCGUCCAUUUAGCUUUUAGUCAAGAUUUUACCAUUUCGUGUUCAUUACUUUACGAUUACGAUGGAAUAAAUUCGACCAGUUGCGAUCAAUAUGUUACACAACCAAAAAAUAUCGAUUUCCAAGAUUUCCCUUUUGUUGGAUCCUUUUCACCAAAAGGAAAGAUAAAUCUGACCAGAUAUGAUGAUACAGAAAAUGAAUAUGUAUAUGAUACUCAGCAUAAAUAUUUUGAUCCUUCGCUGCCUCCAUAUGAAGAGUCACUUUUCUAUAUGAACAAGUAUACUUUAACGGGAAAUCAUUUGUUUAAACUAGGAUACUCUAGAAAAACCAGAAAGAUGUUGAUUACGACGCCUUUGAAUUACGUGGGCAUUCCGCCUCAAAAUUACUUUACACAAAAUUAUAUUGAAUCAACUAUACAGGAUAUCCCGGCGCAGCCUUCUAAUACAGCUUUCCUGACUGUACGUAUUAGUCCACAUAACUUUAUUACAGAAGAGGAACAAGAGCAAAGGCACAGUACCUUGAUAACCGCAUUAGGAACCAUAGCCGCAUACUACAGUUCUAUUGUGUUCAUUUAUGUCUUUUUAUUUGGGGUUGAGUCCAUGAAGCCAUGGGGGUUUGUACAUAAUGGAUGCUGUGGAUUCAGAAAGGAGACCAAAGAUAGCCUCAUACCAAUUUUGGAGUUUGGCUCAAAAAACCAACUCAAGAGUUCUAAGAAUUCUACAGUGCCUGAGACUCAUAGAGCACUCAGGAGUUCUAUAGCAACUGAGAUGCUUUCAGAAAGAAUUAGAGAAUUGGAAAGUUUUAGAAUAUUUCUUGAAGAUUUUGUUGUUGACACUUCAUUAUUAGAAUCCGUUAAAAAGGAGCAAAAAAAGCGUCAACAAAGGGAAGUGUAG